AUUUCUGGCGGAGAGACGGAGAGAAACUCGAUUAUAAAAGGGUGUCAACGAAUGGCAGCCUGGAAGUGUUCCACAAGCGGGAUGUGGAGGGGGUGUACCAGUGCGGGGUGCAUCACCAUCGCGGGGUUGUGCUCGGCAACCCUGUACAUCUUAAGUUUGCAUAUAUGGAUAAGCAAUUUUCUCAGCACCCUGAGAACAUGACAGUGUCCCGGGGGCAGCCGGUAGCCCUCUCCUGCGGCAUAAGUUCCGGCCCUCCCCCACUCAUCUCCUGGUUGAGGAACGGCGAGGAUCUGCCGCGAGAUACAAGAUAUCACAUAUUGGAGAAGCAAUUAUUAAUCACGGAUGCGACGCCAGAGGACGCUGGCAACUACAAAUGUAUAGCAACAAACCAGCUAGCAAACAGAAGUCGUGUGAGCUACAGCGGCAGUCUGCAGGUCCUGGCUGCAGAGGAUAGGGAGCCUGGGUUGCUGGAGGUGCAUCACGCGGCCCAGGUCGUGUCGCCCAGGGGAACAGAUGUAGAGCUCCCAUGUCCUGUUAUCGGAUGGCCUAGACCAAAGUUAACUUGGAGACAGACACCUCCGGGGGAGAGGCCCCGUGAGCUGGAGACGACAGCCGAGGUGCUGGUGCUGCGCAGCUUGCAGCCAGACCAGGAGGGCCUCUAUACCUGCGAGGUGGAUGGACUAACUCAUCUCACUAAGAGUUUCAACGUAAGUGUCUUCGAGGCAGUGAGCGUGUCUCUAGUGCCGGCGUCGAAGGAGGUGCUGCGCGCGAGCACCGUGCGCUUCAACUGCUCUGUGACCGGCAGACCAGAGCCCCUCAUCUCCUGGUACAAGGACGGACAGCCUCUCACCCUCGCUGGCAGGAUAAAUCUGCGGCCCUCAACCGACGUGAACCGAAUGCAGCUGGUGAUCAGCGGAGUAACGUCAGACGACGCUGGUGUGUACCAGUGCUUCGCGCGAGGGGGCGGUGCGGGGCGCUGGGCGUGGGCGUCUGCGUGGGCGGCGCUGAACGUGACGGGCGCGUGGGCGGCGGCGCCGGGCGCGCUGCGCUGCCUGCCCACGGGCCCACGCUUCGUGAAGCUGCGCUGGCUGCCCGCCGCUGAGAAAGUCGUCGCCUACACCGUCGAUACUACGCCUCGAGACGGGCCGGGCAUCUCGCUGACUGGUCAGCCGCAAACUGAUACGGAGGAAACCAUUCAUUUAAAAGAAUCGCUCACUCCUUACUUAUUCCAGGUGCGUGCCUACAUCCCCUCGUCCAAUAAGAAGAAUGUGGCGAGUGACAUGUCCGAGAGCGUCGUCUGUCAAGGACAGGGAGUGCCGGUGCGAGUGUCUCGCGCGGGGGGCGCUGGGGGCGCGGGGGGCGUGUCCGUGUCGUGGCGGCAGUUCGCGCGCGAGGCGGGGGGCGCGGCGCAGUGGGUGCUGCAGUACAAGCCGGACAACGCCUCGCUGGAGCACAACAUCACGCUGCCGGGACACGUCACCAACUACACUUUACCAGCGGAGGCUAGUGCGGCGUGGGUGCGGGUGCUGGGUAGCCGCAACCUGACAUGGCUGCCACAGGACCUCAGCCUGUUGCCCUGGACCUCCACGGCCGCCGCAGACCUCUCACCCUACAGCGAGGCGGCGCCGCAGCCGGAGCGCGUGCGCGUGUCGGGCGUGGGGCCGCGCGGGUUCGCGGUGCAGUGGCAGUGCGCGCGCUGCGAAGACUCCGACAUCACCUUCCGAGUCUGCAUCCGCAGGCCGCACGCAGAUCUGCAAGAGGACGGUGACGACGAGGAAUGCCAGGAGAGUCAUAAGAACAGCGCGACAGUGGAUGGUCUGGAGGCGGGCAGCGAGUACGAGGUGCGGGUGCAGGCGGGGCUGGGGGCGGGGGGCGUGCCGCGCGGCGCCUUCAGCGAGCCCGUGCGCGUCGUCACGCAGUCUGAAGGUCCGUGGCGCGUGGGCGAGCUGUCGUACGCGUUCGUGAACGCGUCGGCCGUGCGCGUGCGCUGGCGCGGCGCGGCGCAGCGCUACACGGUGCGGCACAGCGCGCGCCUGCGCCUGCCCGUCGAGCAGUGGGACGCGCUCACCACCAUCAACAAUACUGCACUGAUAACUGGACUGGAGCCGACGGAGCAGACGUACGUGAUGGUGACGGGCCACGAGCCGCAAGGCCACAGUCGUAUCCUCACCAUUCCUGCACAAUUCAAGGAUCUAGAAGCUAAAGAGCUGAAGUACGUGUACACGCACGGCGGCGUGCGCGUGUGGUGGGAGGAGGGCGCGGGGGGCGUGGGAGGCGCGCGCAUCGUGCGCGUCGUGCGGUACGCGCAAAACAUCACGCGGCCCGUCGAGCACUGGCAUGCGCGCAACGUCUCUGACACGCACGUCGAGCUGGAGGACUUGGACCCGUACUUGCCCGUGUACGUGAUGGUGACGCUGCCCGGACCCAACAAGCCCAACCAAGUGCUCACCAUCCCGCCACGACCCAUCGAUAACUACAACCUAUACCUUAGCGUGGGUGUGGGCGUGGGCGUGUCCGUGCUGUGCGCCGCGUUCGUGACCGCCGCCUGUCUCUGGAAGAGAUACAAGAGCCGCUCCAGAGUGAGAUCACGCAGAAACCAACAUGGCUUAGAAGAGAUUGACGAUGGAAGUUCCGAAAUGAAGAUGGGAGCUUGCGGUAGCGGCGUGGGCGGGCGGCUGGCCAACGGCGGCGCGUGCGGCGAGCCCCUGCUCAACGGACACCUGCGCGCGCAUCUGCAGUCUAAAACACCGAACGGCAAAGUGAAGAAAGCUCACCUGUACGAGGUGUUCGACGUGUCCCGUGAGGAGGGCGACGUCACGGUGGAGACGGUGCUCGACGACGGGCUCGCCUACAGCCUGCUCGACACCUCGCGCCGCCCCGAGCACGAGCCCCGUCCCCCGGGGCACGAGCCCCGAUCCCUGGCGCUGGAGACCCGCCCCCUGGUGCACGAGCCGCGCCCCCACAAGCUGCCCGACGACAACAUGAACUCCGAGGUCAACAGGGCCGCCGACGGCCACCUGGACGCCGCCCCCCUGCAGCCCACGCUGCAGCCCAACGGUUGAGAUGCCCCCCGCCGCGGACCUCUAGAAUUACAAGGGGGUGGGCGACCCCCCGGACCCGACGCGCCCCCCGUCGCCGGGGGCGGUGUCGUUGUAUAUUUAGUACCGGUUAGAUUGAGAUUUUGUACAGACCUCUCGGUCGCCGGAAGCGGGUUUGCGCGAGGACAACUUGGCGUGUUUUGUUCCUAAACUAGACUUUAUUUUCAACUUGUCAAGGCUGAUUUUUGCUAACAAUAGUACGGGUUUUAUACGUAAUCGUUACUUGUAGUUCCGUCGGCUCGGAUUUUAGACGCACUCGUGGGCACGUGAAGUUAUUCCCGCAAUGACUCGGCACGCCGGCUGCGGGGUCCGCAUUGUACAUAGCCGUCCUGGCGUCGCGGUCGUCCCGCCAGCGGCCAGACAAUAAGUAGAAAUGGCGCGCGACACAUAACCUCAAAAUGUUCCGUAACGACGGCAGUCUUCGGGUCGUCUCGAGUUUGUAUAAAACGUCGUAUCGCAGUGCCUCUGAAAAGUACACAUUAGGAGAUCCUAUAAACAAAAAAAA